AUGGCCCUAUCAUCUUCGUUGCCCAUUCCAUGGGCCUACAUGAUGGCCUUAUUGGAUACAAAGUACAAAAGGGUGUCCGACUGCAUUGCCUCUGGGGCGGUGAUUUUCCUGGGGACACCGCAUCGCGGCUCCGAAUCAGCAACUUCCGUUCACAGGAUAUUGUCGGCAACCAUAGGCUCCAAAGCUUUUGUCCAGGAGCUCAUGCGCAACUCCAGUACCCUGACCGCCAUCAACGAAGAUUUCCGCCAUUAUGCGGCCGAUCUGUCAAUCUGGUCCUUCCACGAGACCCAGCCCACAACAUUCGCUCCUGGAAAAUCUGCUAUUGUUGUAGAGCGGAGCUCGGCCAUUCUAGAGUAUGAAAACGAAAUAUCUUCUCACAUCGAUGCCGACCAUCACACUAUCUGCAAAUUUGAGUCGCGUGAAGAUCCUGGAUACACCACGCUCAAGAACCUACUGGCUCAUGUGAUUCAGAGUACCACAGAACGCUCAGGCGAGCUCAACCCAUUACCAGAGGCAGUGCAAAAGAGGGAGACAUAUUCGGCUUCAGUGGCUCCAGGUCAGUUGACAAGCAAACAGCUAUCACAGAUCUUAGGGUAUGAGGAUUCAUCAGAGGAAGAUCUGCUUUUCCAGAGAGACUCACGGGCUGUGUACGACUCUUGCUCCUGGAUCUGCGAGAAAGAGGCGUACCAACAAUGGCGGGAACCGGACAACUUGCCCAAAGUGCAAUACCUAUGGCUCAAGGGACAACCUGGAACAGGUAAAUCAGUUCUCAUGAGUUCCGUGGUCGACCAGCUCCAAGAUGACAACCAGCUUUGCGUCUACUACUUCUUCCGAGAGAACAGCGCGGCAAAACGGACAACACGGUCCUUUCUCCUUUCGACCCUUGCGCAAAUGGUGGCCUGUUUACCAGAGUUUUACAAUCACCUGGCUGAGAUGGACAAAGACCAUGCGAAGAUUCAAUCGAUGUCGACGCGACUUCUCUGGCAGAAGCUGUUCUUAGGGACACUUUUUAUGAUCAAACAACCUCAACCUUGGUUCUGGGUUAUAGACGGGCUUGACGAGGCAGAGCGGCCCAGCGAGAUCAUUUCCCUUAUCGGAAGAAUACAGAACAACACGAAGUCACAAAUUAAGAUCAUCAUUGCCUCUCGAGCCGGUAUGGAGCUUGAACGUGAUUUCCAGAAACUCAAUUUAGGGGCGGCCCUUCAACAGGAAGUCUUGCAACCAGCCGAUACGAAAGCCGACAUGAUCGCCUAUGCCAGCCAACAACUAGAGCUUCUUCCUUUUGACGAGGAUGAGCGGGAGGAAAUCAUCUCCCUUGUUGUCGAAAAGUCCCAGGGGAUCUUCUUGUGGCUCAAGCUGGCGUUAGAGGAGAUUUUGGCAACCGCUCACACCAAGGACGGCAUCUAUGAAGCACUUGAGGCAAUGCCGAUGGAAAUGACCGAUCUUUACGAACAGAUCGUUGACGGAAUGUCGAAAAGUCUUAGGCCGGCCAGCAAGCCACUCGCCAAAGCAAUCCUUCAAUACACGGUCUGUUCGAUCCGGCCCCUCAAGUCCACGGAACUCCAGACUGUCCUCGAACCCCAGUUUGGUCGCCUUAUCAACCUCAACUACACCAUUAAUCAGACAUGCCCUCAUCUCGUCAAGAUGGAAGAGACCACAUCCAUCGUCAAUCCCAUCCACAGCACGCUGCGGGAGUUCUUGCUACAAGGAACCCAUUCCGAGUUCGCUGUUGAUGAAGCGGACGGCCACCAGAGCCUGUUCAAGAUAUUUGUGGGAACCUCUAUGAAGAAGUGGGAUGACUGUCUGGCACAUAUUAAUGUCGGCAAAGAGGGCGAAGUCUGCAAGAGCUUGGAGUCUCGCCGUAUACAACACGGAGAGCGGGUAGGAGCCAUCAAGAUCGACACCGCGGGAGAUCGGCUAGUCACGGGUGGUUCCAAAUUCAUCCUGGUCUGGGAUAUCAAGACCGGAGAGGUCGUGGUGAGACUGCUCAACAGGUCAGAGGCCCGAUGCCAAGCUCUCGCCUUCCAUCCACACAACAAAAAGCUCGUCUCGGUUUCGGCAGACAACAUCAGCGUAUGGGACCUCAAGCGACGUGACAGGAGGAAGAUGCGUAUAUCGAAGCCCGGUGGCGAGAGUCAGAGACGGCACCGUGGAGCGCCAUGGGGAGUUUCUAUCGACAGCGAGUGCCAAAGAGUUGCCCUUGCGUACAAAGGAUGGCCUUUAGAAGUAUGGGACAUUGAUACCGGCAAGCUACUCACCACGUUUCCCACAAGGAACCCUUUGAAUGCGUGCUUCAAUCCCUCUGGCCACGAGGUAUAUAGUGUCAACGAAGAUGGAACAAUUACACGCUUCUGGCUGAACGAAGGGCAACCCCAUGGCAGUGACACCAAUACCCGGACUCAAACCCUUACGUGCAACGCAAACGGAACGUUGAUUGCUGGUGCUGAUGGCGACGGUUGCAUUCGAAUCUUUUCGAGCGACAGUUUUGAACUCCUCUAUAGCAUGGACAAGUACGACGAACCGGUCACUGCCAUGGCUUUCAAUCCUGCCGGGGAUCGCUUGUACGACAUCCGUGCAUCGGACUGCAACAUCUGGGUUCCGGAGGUACUCUUGAUUAACGUCCGUGACAACGAGUCCAGCAGCGAAGAGUCGGAAACCAUUCGCCUACCGAUCACCACCUCACUUGAAUCUGCGAGGGCCAUACACGAGAUUACAGUGAUUACGACUGACAAGGCGGGAGACUUCGUAUGUUGUGGAAAGAGCAAUGGGAGGAUCUCAAUAUACGAUACGAAGACUGGCAAGGAGCUCCAGGAGAUCUACAAACAUGAACGGGUGCACGUCAGCGCUGUUGUUUGGUCUUCAGACGCCCAGGGGCAGCUUAUUGCCUCCGGCGAUACUUCAGGGAGGAUUAUGAUAGUUUCGCUCCGCCAACUUACACCAAAAAGCUGGGCUUGCCAGGUUAGAGUCGACUUCCGACUGGACCGCUGGGUGGAUGGUGGAGUUCGACAACUGAUUUUCAACGAUGAUGGAACUCGUUUACUGGUGUCUGCGCAGAACACCAGCAGCUUGUGGAAAAUUCCCGAUGGAUCAAUGCUAGGAGAGAGACGGAUCCUAGGGAAGAAGGGUGAUCCGGCCUGGGUUACUCAUCCACACAACCGCCACCAACUCGUCAUGAUAGGCCCGGAUGUAGCAGGAUUAUACGGUUGGGAAGACUUUGAAGAGCUCACCACGCCCCAGCAAGGGAUCCAGUUGAUUCAAGACCAGGUGCAUCUAGGAAACCCUUGGCAGCUACAGGACGACUACCUGAGGGCACGCGUACAUGUGACUCAAGACAAGCGACACUUCGUCACUACUGUAUCGGCCCCGUCUAGACGGUCGUCAUCUGCAAAAGUCAGCUUCUGGCCAGUCAGCGGCUUCGGGGAAGGGCACACUCAUGUGCAAGAGCUUUACAACCUCAAUGAUGUCCACAUACACAGCCUCGCUGGUGUUUAUCAAAACCGCGCCGUCUUUCUGGAUGGAGAUUUGUGGGUGUGCACGAUGGCGGCGCAGUCCGAUAACGAGAGGACGGAGGAAGGACUCGGAUUGCACUUCUAUGUGUCUACAGAUUGGCUGAAUACCAGCGAAGAAGAGCCAUCCAUUGUCACUCCUGUGGGCGACUUUGUGUACGCGAAGAGAGGCAAGCUGGUGGUGGUGCAACGGGGUAUGAAGUGCAAACAGGAUCUCAAGAGCAACUCACCAUCACUUUUCUAA